CUGUUCUCUGCUGCAGGACCUUACCUGUUCCUCGCUCCAGCGCUGUACAGUCCGCAGUCUCUGGUCAUCCCCUGUACCGUGUCCGCAGUCUCUGGUCAUCUCCUGUACCGUGUCCGCAGUCUCUGGUCAUCUCCUGUACCGUGUCCGCAGUCUCUGGUCAUCCCCUGUACCGUGUCCGCAGUCUCUGGUCAUCCCCUGUACCGUGUCCGCAGUCUCUGGUCAUCCCCUGUACCGUGUCCGCAGUCUCUGGUCAUCCCCUGUACCGUGUCCGCACUCUCUGGUCAUCCCCUGUACCGUGUCCGCAGUCUCUGGUCAUCCCCUGUACCGUGUCCGCAGUCUCUGGUCAUCCCCUGUACCGUCCGCAGUCUCCGCAGUCCGCAGUCUCUGGUCAUCCCCUGUACCGUGUCCGCAGUCUCUGGUCAUCCC